GUAGUUUGUUGUUCUGAAAUGUCACACCUCUGAUGAGGGACGGAUGUCUGCAUGUGACCCAGCAGCUCUAUUUAUAUCAGCUGAGAAAGGCUCCACUCUGACAACACACAUCGGAGCAUGUUGCUACAGAGGACACACAACAGCCUACAGGGUGGACAUUUUGUCCUUGUGCCACAGAUAAGAUGAUACACGAGUGAGUGAUCAAAAUGGAUGACUUGGAUCAUAGUAUGCACAUAUCUGACCAUGACUGGCUCAGCUUCUUUGAGGAGAGUGAAGAGUGCGGUCUACUGCAUGUUUCACUGGCUUGUCCUGACAGCUCUGGUCUUAGUGAUGCAGAUGAUCCAGACUUUACCACACAAACCUACACAGCCAUAAAAGAACAUCACGCUGGAGGAGACAGUAAGGUACCUGUAGUUCAAGAAGAGGAAGAUUCAAUUGUUCAAUGUUCCUCUGGUGUGGACAGUAAAGGGGAAAGUAACCCAAAAUCUGAACCGGAGCCUGUUUUUAAGGAUGCACUUGGGGGUGACUGUAGGAUCUGGGCAGAGAAAGAGCACUGGUUUGUGAGUGUCUAUGACAAACCAUCUCAAAAACUGGUACCUGCUACUGUGCCUAUGGUUAAAAAGAAGAGCAAGCAGAAGAAAAUCUGUAAAAUGAACUGUGCACGUAAAGAUGAACUUAAAUAUUGUGAUCAAGUCAAAUUAUCUGAACAGAAAUUCUCAGAUACAGAUGCAGAGAUCUUGGAAACAGACAACAAUACAACAUCUCAUGAAUAUAGCUCAGACCAUUUGGACAUAGAAAAUACAGUUGAAUCAAUAACUGUCAAAUGUGACAUAAACCAAGUUAAAUCUACUGACACUAUAUUCACUCAGGAAAUAUGCUCUGGAAGUGCACAAAUACAACAAAAAUCUGACAUCAUAUGGAUUACAGGUUCCAGUGCCAGUGAACCAAGAGAGAUCAAAUAUGACACUUGCAAUGAAAUAACAAAAUGCAUCAAAAUUUCAGACACCAUGUUCGUUGAAGAGAAAGAUCGAGACGCAAGUAGUGAGAGCUCUCAAACUCAAGUUGCAAUGGAUCUGACAUGCCUUCACGAGUCUAGUAUAAACCAUGUAGACAUUUGUAAUUCAACAAAGAUCAAAAAUAGCACUUGUGUUAAGUUUGAUAUAACAAAACAAAUCUCUGACUCGGAGUGCACUCUAGAGGAAAGUGAUAAAAGAUUUCAGACUGAAGCAAAUGUGGAAAUUACACAUCUUGAAGAUUCUAGUAAUGAGGAAAAAAUGCAAAAUACUGUAAUAAAAAAUGCCAAAACAGAUGCUACCACCAAUCUUGAUGCAAUAAACCAAACCAGAAAUUCUGAUUCAGGGGGCAUUGAAGAGGAAUGCUCAAAGAUAAAUAACUUAACAUGUUUUAGAGCAUCUUGUAAAGAGAAUAGUCUUGAGUUGAUCAGUGGAAAUGGAUUUGAACCAGGAGUAGAUUCUAGCAAAUACACUGAUAAUCCAAAUACAUCUCAGACAAAUAGUGUUGAAUCUGACGAAUUUGCAGAUUAUGAGUCCUUCUCCAGUUGUAGUUAUGAUUCAGAAACUUACCAUUCUGCUACAGAGUCUGUGGAAAACCCUAGAUAUUUCUGUAUGCAAAAUUCACCUUGUCAUCUAUCUCAAAGUAUUAAUGAUGACAGUUCAAUAGAUGGGGGAAUGCACUUUGCAAGUAGAUGUUUCAAACAAGAUGGCGGCCAGUCCCUCAUAGAGACGUCACAGAUUUUUCCACUUGCCAACCACAGCGCUGACAACCCUUCAAAUCACAACUCCACAUGUAGCACUAGCACUGACGGCACUAAGCUCUGCAUGUCUGUGUAUACACCUCCAUCUGCAGACAAUUCAUCAACCUAUUUAGGAGAACAAUCCGAAUCCUCACCUCAACUUGAUGUUACUAUGGAAAGUCCUGAAGCAUAUGCAAAAGCUACUGGGAGCUCUCAGCCUGUAUAUGCCAUCUCUGCUUUCUGGAAUGAAAUGGAAAAAUUGACCAUCAAUGACAUCUUGCAAAUCAGAAUGGGAAGGUGCAUGUUGCCGAUUGAGGAAGCAAUUAUAUCAGAUGAUGAAAACACUACAUGUGGAGAUAAUGCAAGUACUAAUAAGGUCAGUGCAGUAAGACUACCUGACAGUCCUAUUUCAAACACACUGGAUACAGCUGAUUCUGACUAUUGUACAAAUUUAGAUGUGUUCAACCCUGAUCGUUCAAGUUGGGAUUUCUCUGCCUCUGAUUAUGAAGAGGAAUACUGGCAGUUUAUCAAUUCAAGUAGAAACUCAAGUCCUGACCAGCAUGACAAAAGUUACCAAAGUGAAUGCACAGAUUAUGUCUGUACAAGUGAAGAAUCAGACAAAACGGGUACACCAGUGCCUUCUGAAGACUGUUCCAUGGAGAAAUGGUCUUAUGAUUCCUCUUUUAAUUCCUGUGACCUUGCUAUGCCGCAACAGAUGAGAAAAAAUAAGAGUAUGUAUGAUAUUCACGCACCCAAGUCAAUAGAGGAUUUAUCGUCACAAGCAUUUCUGGAUCUGAGCAGCUGCAAGUCUAUGGAGGAGCCGCUGGAAAUGAGUGAUGGAUUUGAAGUAGUCACUCCAAUCAUGUGCCUCAUAGAUGAACAAUAUCAAAUAUCUUUCUCCAAAGUGUUUGAUUACCUGUUUGACGAUAACAAGACAAAAUGUGAAGCAAUCCCAGUCAGUGUCUAUGGACUACAGGGAAGCUAUGCAUCACCUAUGAAUGAAUAUACAUUUUGUACAGUAACUAAUGACCUGUCCGUCAUGCCCUGCAUUGAGGAGCCAAUCCCAAUUUUCUCCUGCUCACAUCCAACUGUAAGGGAACUGACAUUUCCCAAACCUGGCUGUAGUUUCUUGGGUACAAACUACACAAUAAUGAAGAAUGUGUCUCCGAUCCAAAUAGUGUCUCAGUCUAUUUUAGGGGGAAUGGAUUGUAAGCACACUGACCAAUCAUACUGCUUCUCCCAAGAUCUGUCAAGUUUGUACUCUAUCAAGAAGAUUUGUUUUCUUGACAAUGGUUCUGAUGUAUGGAGAUAUGAAGAUGAUGAUGAAGAAAUGCCAGUUUGUGCAAUUGAUUCAGAUGUUCCUAUGGUUGGUGAGGGAGGUGUCCUCUCCACACCCAAGAGGUUUAAAGAGGCAGCAUUUAGGAGGAUUUCUAUGGAGAAGAACCAGAUGCCAUCUGAUUCUCAAAGUAUAUUUUCCAUGAUAAAGCAGUCAGAUAUGUGUUUAGUCUGCAUUGCAUUUGCUUCUUGGGUGUUAAGGUCCUCUGACCCCGAGGCAGCUGAUGCCUGGAAAGCAGCCCUCCUGGCCAAUGUGAGUGCAUUGUCAGCAAUCCAAUAUCUGCGACAAUAUAUGAAGAGAAAAACUUCACCACAAGAAGAUCGAUGAUAAAAUAAAUGGAUACUUAAUGUUGCAACCAAUUUUGGGUCCACGUACACUAUGCCUCAAUGCAGAUAUAUAUAUUUGUGCUCAUCUCAAAGCUAGAUACAUUCACUGCAUAAUGUCUAGAGGAAACAGAUAGAAGGACUGGUUACUAGCAUGUAAAGCUACUGGAAAGCUGUAAUUAAGUUAAUGUAGUCAUUAGAAAUGACAGUGUGAGCGGUGUUGUAGGUUAAAUAUGUAUGUGAGAGGUAUGUGAGUGCUUAACAUUUUUAUUGAGAUUAUUGGAAGGUUUGAGCUGUGUCCCAGACCACGUGCCUGCAUUUGGGAUUUACUUCCUCUAGAGCUUAGAAGACAUUUCCAGAGGCUGAAAAAUAAGUUCUCUCAUUUUACU